AGGCUAUAAAUACACGUCCAGACCCGAAGCCUCCAGCUCUUCAGCGCAGCUGGGCUUCACUGGAACACCACAGAGGACACCUCUGCACAUUUCCCCGACUAAACUAAAGAAUAUUUGCCUCCCUUAACGGAUUAAGACAGGACCUCUUUCCUGACAUCCAAUAUGAGUGGUAUGGCAGAAUGGAUUAUGGAGAAUAAGGACAAAAUUGAAAAGGGAGUGGAGAUCCUCGGCAAAGGCUGCGAGAUCCUGGCAGCCACUGUAGGCCAGUUCCAUCCCGUCUUGGAGGCAGUUUUUAUGGUCUCAGCUGAGCUCCUUGGCAACCCAGAUGGCGGCGAGGCUAAGUAUCUUGCUGAGCAGUUUGAAAGUGUCAACCAGAAGCUGGAAAAGGUCCAGAGUGAGAUUAAAAAAACCGAGCUGGUGCUGCAGCGAUCAUCAUUGAACAUCCAGUACUUUAAGCCCUACACACAGAUCAUCAACCAGUAUGAAAUGUUUAAAUAUAUUUUCAAAGCCAAACCCAAGUUCAAGAAGCUGAAGGUAGACGAAUUCCUCAUCCACUUUGAGGAAUAUGAAGGAGACAAGAACCUUGAAUGCUUGUAUGAUGCCAUCACUAAAGAGAACGCCUCUGGGCAUGCAAUGCUGGACACGAUUCUGGUCACUGAGCAGCGGAGCAGGAGGGCAGUGGAGGAAUUCUGUGCUUGCCUGAAGAAGGUCUUUGUGGUUGGGAUCAUAUCAUUGAUGGGCUACACUGCACUUAAUGAAGGCAGUGUUGGACAGGAUAUGGUGAAGAAAUGGCAAGACCGCAUGGAGGACGUGGAGAAGCGCAUGAAGGCGGCUGUGGAUGAAUGUGUGAGCAACUUUGUUGAGCAAGCCAAGACUGAUUUAGAACAGAAGCUUAAAGAGAGUGAGAGCAGUGUUGACCCUGAGUAUGCUAAAUCUAUACUGGAUGCCCUUGUCGAGAAAUAUGACUGGGUCUCCUGGUCAGUUAGGGUCUUUAAAGAUGAUGGGAUAUUUCUGUUUGGCAAGCGGCACCAUGUAAAAAGUGGAGGUGUCAAUUAUUUUGAACAUUUGGGUAAUAAUAAAAUAAAGAUUGUUGUGUCUUUUACUGAUGACCCUAAACCACUCGACAAGGUCCAGAUAAAGGAUCAAAUAGAGAAAGGGAAGCAGAAAGGUAACAUGCAAUCUAUGGCUGAGUCUCUGAGCGAGAAUUUUCCCAACUGCCUUGUACACGCUGUCAGUUCCUCCAAAGUAAAGGAAGCCAAUAAUUUCAACCCUGAGCACUUUUAUUAUAUUUAUCACAAAACGGCAUACAUCUGUAUCCACACAGAAUAAGAGAAUUUAGAUCAAACUAAAUACAGUGAUGGUAAUCAUAGUCAACACAAUGUGCAAAAUUUGGAUUCUCCAGACACCUAUUAAUUAAUGAGUUGUACAUUUUUACAAAAAAUUCUGUUGUUUUUUUUGUCGUUGAUUGUUUUUGUUGAUGAUGUUAUAGUACUUGUAGACUGAAGGGCAAAGCAGUAAGCCUUGACAGGAACACCGGCAAAAAGGAAACAUGGACUGAAAAGAAGUUUGAUCUUGUUUUUAAUGUUUGUACAUCAUAUUAACCCUUACAUAUAGAAAUAAACCCAAGGUUUAGAAAACCUA